UCAGCCUUUACCGGUAGCCCCGCCCUCCUUGAAUAGAAAUCCAGCCUAGAAUCAGCUUCUCGUUAAACAAAUAGACCAUAUGACGGAUAAAACCUGUAAAACGAUGUGUAAAAUCCACUUAUGAUUUAUUACCGGCUUCUUUCUGGCGUUUCCUGAGCAUUUAAAUUUAAGUAAAUCAGACGGGAUUAAUCGCGUGUUGCGUUUCUACACUGGGAGCUCCCUGUGGUAUGUUUGAUGCUGCUGGGAAAUCAGAAACACCGCUGAGCUUCUCACGCUAGACAUCCACCAAAUUGCCUCUUGGGUCCCACGGUACCGCCGGGGAAAUGUCUUCUGUCGGUCCCGACCCGAACACCAGCAUGCUGGAGCCCGAGACCGGAGUUCUGCAGCCGCAGACCGUCUUCGUCAUCCUGGACGCGGCGGAAAGUCUUAAUGUGCUGCAGGUUGAAUCCGGCAUCGUGGCCGACAUCGAGGUGGACGCUCUGUUGCCGUCAGACUGCGACGCCUUCUACCAGAUCAAGAGCCAGCCCAUCGGCACCAGCACCUACCCCUCCUCUUCCUCCGUGCCGGCGGCCAUGUCGUCCAGGGUUCUGCUGCGCCAGGAUCUGAUGCGGCAGCAGGCGCUGCAGGAGGAGCAGAAGGAGGCGCAGCAGCUCCUGCGUGUGCCCGCCUUCUCCUCGCCCGUCUGCGUCAGCGCCGCCUCCAACGUGCCCCCCGCUCAAGUGCCCGUAGAGGUGCUGAAGGUGCAGACCCACCUGGAGAACCCCACCAGGUACCACAUCCAGCAGGCUCAGAAGCAGCAGGUGCGGCAGUACCUCUCCUCCGCCAGCCGCAACCUUUCCACUCCAAGCCCCGACUCCGCCGGCCGCCAUGCGCUCAGCAGCCCCAAGGUGGAGAUGGAAGAGACGAUCAUAGAUGACGUCAUCAGCAUGGAGUCCAGCCUCAAUGACGACUUCCUGAUGCUGCUCCACUCGCCGCAGCAUGUCGCCACCACGUUGCCCGCCGCAGGAACGGCGCCAGGCGUCUACGGGGACAGCGGCGAGAUGGCCACGCCCUCACUCGCCGUGAGCAACAGCUGCCCGGCCGACCUGCUCGCCAUCAAGCAAGAGGUCAACGAGGUGGACACAAAGGUGCUGAUGAAGGAGCGACAGAAGAAGGACAGCCACAACCUGAUCGAGAGGCGGCGACGCUACAACAUCAACGACCGCAUCAAAGAGCUGGGAGCCCUCGUGCCCAAGUCGCCCGACCCGGACAGCAGGUGGAACAAAGGGAGCAUCCUGAAGGCGUCGGUGGAUUACAUCCGCAAACUUCAGAAGGAGCAGCAGCGGGCGCGCGACAUGGAGAGUCGACACAAAAGCCUGGAAAAUGCCAACAGAACCUUGAUGCUCAGGAUACAGGAGUUGGAGCUCCAAGCCCGCCUCCACGGUGUCCCCUCUUGUUCUUCCUCAUCCUCGUCUCUGGAUGGCGCCCUGGGUGACCCGCGGGCCUUCCUCUCUCUGGCCACCGGCGCCACCGUGCCGCCGUCCUUAGACUCGUUUAGCUUGGCCGGGCUCAGCGAGUCUCAUGGGCUUGCCGACGUCUUCUCUCCGGACCUGAUGAACCACGUCGGGCUGGUGGCGCUGGAUGACCUGGGAGACAUACUGAUGGAGGACGGUGGGGGCGUGAUGUCGCCCGCGGGUGGCGCCGACCCCAUGCUGUCCUGUGGCGUGUCACGCUGCAGCAGCAGGAGGAGCAGCUUCAGCAUGGAUGACGACCUCUGACCUAUGUCUACAACAUGUCUGUCACCAUGGUAACUGCAUCAUCAACCUGCAUCAUCACCAGCGUAGCUCCAUCUUCUAUAACAACUAUGUCACCACACCCUAUCUCCAUGGUAACUGCAUCACCACCGCAGCUACAUGCUCUACUGACAACUUUGUCGCCACCCUCUGUCACCAUGGUAACUUUGUCACCACCAUCUGUCACCAUGGUAAUCUUGUUAACCCUCUCUCGCCAUGGUAACUCACAUAAAACCCCUGUCACCAUGGUAACUACAUCACCACCGCAGCUCAAUGCUCCAUGACAACAUUGUCAUCACCCAAUAUCUCCAUGGUAACUGCAUCAUCACCCACUGUCACCAUGGUAUCUGCAUCAUCACCCUCUGUCACCAUGGUAACCCCAUCAUCACCCUGUAUCACCAUGGUAACUGCAUCAUCACCCACUGUCACCAUGGUAUCUGCAUCAUCACCCUGUGUCACCAUGGUAACUCCAUCAUCACCCUGUAUCACCACGGUAACUGCAUCAUCACCCUGUGUCACCAUGGGGACGGCGUGGCGAAGUUGGUAGAGUGGCUGUGCCAGCAAUGUGAGGGUUACUGGUUCAAUCCCCACCUUCUACCGUCCUAGUCACGUCCAUUGUGUCCUUGGGCAAGACACUUCACCCUUGCUCCUGAUGGGUCCUGGUGAGCGCCUUGCAUGGCAGCUCCCACCAUCAGUGUGAAUGGGUGGAUGUGAAAAAACUGUCAAAGCGCUUUGAGCUCCUUAAAAAUGGGUAGAAAAGUGCUAUACAAGUACAACCCAUUUAACCAUUUACCAUGGUAACUGCAUCAUCACCCAAUGUCCCCAUGGUAGCCGCAUCAUCACCCUCUGUCACCAUGGUAACUGAAUCAUCCCCCUCUGUCACCAUGGUAACUGUAUCAUCACCCUCUGUCACCAUGGUGACUCCAUCAUCCCCCUGUAUGACCAUGGUAACUGUAUCAUCACCCUCUGUCACCAUCGUAACUGCAUCAUCACCCUCUGUCACCAUGGUAACGGCAUCAUCACCCUGUAUCACCAUGUCUCUGUGGUAAUUGCCUCAUCACCCAAUGUCACCAUGGUAACUGCAUCAUCACCUUGUGUCAUCGUGGUAACUGCAUCAUCACCUUCUGUCCCCAUGGUAACUGCAUGGUGACUCCAUCAUCACCCCGUAUGGCAAUGGUAUUGGCAUCAUCACCCUGUAUCACCAUGGUAACUGCAUCAUCAUCCUGUGUCACCAUGGUGACUCCAUCAUCACCCUGUAUGGCAAUGGUAUUGGCAUCAUCACCCCUGUAUCACCAUGGUAACUGCAUCAUCAUCCUGUGUCACCAUGGUGACUGCAUCAUCACCCUGUGUCACCAUGGUAACUGCAUCACCACCAUCCGUCACCAUGGUAAUUGCAUCAUCACCCUAUGUCACCAUGGUAACUUCAUCAUCACCCAAUGGCUCCACGAUAACUGCAUCAUCACCCUGUGUCACCAUGGGAACUGCAUCAUCACCCAAUGACUCGAUAACUGCAUCAUCACCCUGUGUCACCAUGGUAACUGCAUCAUCACCCAAUGUCUCCAUCAUAACAGCAUCAUCACCCUGUGUCACCAUGGUAACUGCAUCAUCACCCAAUGUCUCAAUGAUAACUGCAUCAUCACCCUGUGUCACCAUACUAACUGCAUCAUCACCCAAUGCCUCCAUGGUUACUGCAUCAUCACCCAAUGCCUUCAUGACAACGGCAUCAUUACCCAAUCUCUCCAUGAUAACUGCAUCAUCACCUUGUGUCACUAUGGUAACUGCAUCAUCACCCAAUGUCUCCAUGGUUACUGCAUCAUCACCCAACGUCUCCAUGGUUACUGCAUCCUCACCCUGUGUCACCAUGGUAACUGCAUCAUCACACUGUCACCAUGGUAACCGCUACAAAUAGACCUAAGAGGGGAAAAAACAUGGCGUUUGUGUCCACGGGUGCGAGUGACCCCUGACCUCUGAAUAAGGACUCACAGUAGCCAGCUACAUUAGCAUCAUGCUAACCAGCAACUAUGUCACAAAGGAUUAUUUUUCAUAUUUGGAAAAAAAAAAUAACGUUAUCUAUUGCUGUUAUCUCUUAAACUUUGAAAUGAAUCAGUUUCAUGCAGCCAAUGAGCGCACUCUAUAGCCGAAAGCUGCGCCCUGAUUGGUCGCGGGAUUCAGAGACCUCAACCGCAAGCAUUUUUUGUUUUGCUAUCUCGUGCAUAUUUUUGUGUGCUGGUUCAAAAAGUGGUGAAAUCAUCUCUCUUCUGGACACGCCCACAUAAGUGACGUCACACUCCAGGUGUAAAAGGUGUGUACGCUGAGCUUUUGUCACUUUUUUUUAAGUGUUCAUCGCUGGCACGUCAAGGGAAACGUUGAGUUGGUAUCCUCACCAGCAGAGGGCGUCAAUGAGUUGUUUUUUUCCACUGCAUUGUGGACGUCGGCUAACACUUAGCCGUGGCAUUAUGGCGUGGGUGUCAUCUGAUGCCAGCUGCUGAUCGUCUCAACAAAGUGUUGGUUCUUUUUUUAAUCGCUGUGAUGAUGGGUGUGUCGCCAUAGCAACUGCUCACAUGAAAUGACUUGUUCCACAAAGGGAUCCGUGUUUGUGUCCGAUCACGCAACAUUGUUUAUACCCACGCAAUACAAAUAUAUAACUUUUAUAUAGAAAUAAAGUGUUUACAAUUGA